AUGGACACUCGCUCCACGGUGCCACUGGAAAGCCAGAGUCAGGACUCGCCUGGCCCGUCUCCUGGCCGGCUGGUGCUAGCCGACAUGCUUGAGUUGUCUAAAGACAAACUUGGAGCCGCCAUCUUCUUGGAUAGCUUGCAGCUGGGCGCAGGGGCUCGUGCAUUCAAGGAUUGGCUGCUGGUUGACUUCAUGGAAGGGCCGAACCAGGUCAUGGAGAUUAGUGAUGCCGAACGCUUCGAGACACUGGCCCGUGUUUACGAGAUCACAAAGGGUCUUGUGGCAGACGCCCGAAACAAAGCCGAGGCUUACGACGUGUUUUCGAGAGUUGGGUAUGACAAGGUCAGAGUGACAGCUGAGGAUGCAGUUGCGAAGGUCUUGAGGGAGGCUGCAGCACACAAGGACAAGGAUGCUGGGCAAAGCCAGCCGAAAGUCCGGGUUGCUGAGGCAUGGCUCCAGAGGGAGAUUGCAAACCUGGAUGCUAAGAAGAAGGAUCUUGCAUCGUCGGCAUCCAGAGCUGCAUCCUUUGCAGCCAGCAAGCUGCAUGCCCUUCUCGGACAUCUCCGACAGUCUAAUUGCCUGUCCUCUGACUUCAUGUUGCUCAUGGACUCGUGGGAGGAGAUGGAUGCUUGUGAAUGUGUGGCAAAGAAGCUCAGGCCGGUGCCUGUGAUCGAUCCGCAAUUUGCGGACACUCAGCUGGACAUCGAGGUGGCACCCUUCCCGGAUCCGGUGAGUGCAGAUGAGAAGGAACUCUGGAUCCUGUGGCUGUGGCUUCACAGAGCUCGCUGGCUGCUGGAGGUGGAAGUGAUUCUGACUAUGGGGGAGCAACCUUGCCUGCUGAUGGAGAAAAGCAAGUGGAAGCUACGCAGUUGCUUGCUGACCCUUAUGAUGCAGAAGUGCCGGGUGUGCAGGCAGUACCUGAUCAUGAGGAGCAUCAGCAGUGUGGUGAAGUGGAAGCUCCUGCUGGGCAUCAUACAGAAUCUCCUGGACAUCAGGACCCUGGUGACAAAGGAUCCGGUGUGGAGCAGCAGUGUGGUGUGGAAACUCCUGAUGGGGGUCAUCCGUGUAGUCAUGGAGAAUCUCAGGGGCAUCAGCAGUGUGGUCACACAGAAUCUCAGGGGCAUGAGAUGCAAUCUCAUACAGAAUCUCCGGGGCAUCAGUCAUCUGGUCAAACAGAAUCUCAGGGGCAUCAGCAGUGUGGUCACACAGCAUCAGUCAUCUGCUCAGACAGUGGGACCUACACUGGCUCAGCAGGUGCAUGCAACAGAUGAUCUGGGGGUGCAGCAUGAGGUGCCCAUUGUCGACUGUGAUGAUUACAUUGCGGAUGAAGAGCUCGUCAGUCAGCUAGAGGCUAUGCUCAAGAUCGAGAUGCCAGACGAGCAGCCCGUGGCCAGCAAUGCCGCAGUCAGGUCAGUGGCUGCAGAUGCCCUGAAGCUGGAGUCCUUGGCUAGCCCACAGAAGGCUCCGCGAACGAUUUCAUGGGGUCCUGUUAUUAGGGAGAUCGACCUGUGCAAGGAUGAUCCAUACAUGGUAUCGGCUGGGAAACAAGGGCCUGCUUGCUCAGCUGUCGAUCAUGCUCUGCACAGACUGGGGACUGAUUACGGAGAGCUGCUUGACCUAUUCAUCGAAGCCGGGGAGAGCUGGGCGAAUUGCACUUUGGUGCAAACAUCGUCGAAUCAGGAUCGGCAUCGUGUUACCGGAGGGUCAAAGUACAGACGCUUCAAGGACAUUGUCAAAGAUGAGGGGGAGGAAGCGGCUACACUCUUGCGUGACAUGAAGAAACACUUGCAAAACACUCAGGGGAACGUCCACCCGGACGUGCCACAUUGGUGUGUUCACCCGGACUGGCCAUCGUCACCUGACAUGGAAUUGUUUCUUUGCUGGGAUGAAGGGACAGUGGCAGCAAUGAAAGACACUUCGACAACCUCAGAGCAGCAGGUCAGCCGGGAGGGGAAGGUGCAGGCAAAGGUGGAGGCAAAAAAAAAAGCAACUGGCAACGACAAUGAGACGAAGAAACCUCCGAAGAAGCCAGUGAACUUCGCGGGCAGAGCAAAUGCCAAGCUCAACAGUGGACGCACUACAGUGACAGACUCCAAGUAUUGGAUUCGAGUUAUCGAAGAGGACCAGAAGCAGCCGGAAGAGGACAAGCGCAAAGUGUCAAAGCAAUUGGCCGAAGGCUAUGUCUCCCAGCUUAAGCACUAUCAGGGGCCGAUCGAAGCGGCAACGGACGCAUUGGAUAUGAAGCUUAUUGAGGGCUGCAAGGACGAAAAGUCACUACAGCCCUUGAUGACUGUCCUUGACACAGCUGUGGAAAACUACACCACUGCUGUGCGACCCAUUCGUGCCCUCUUCGUCGAGCCCGAUCCCAACAAGAGCGCCACGUCCAAGAAGAACAAGAAGAAAGCUCAGUGA